AUGGUCAGGAAGAGACGACGACACCGCUACCACCAGCCAUCCCUCCAUGACCGGCUGUCCUGGCCGCUCGAGGAUGGCUGCACCCCCGACGAAUUCGAAGACCACUUUGAAGCGUGGGAGGUCGCGCGCAACGAGUGGAACUGCGUCUCUCUGGAGGACGACCCCGAGGGACACGUCUGGGCGUACAUCUGCACCGUGCCGCCAGACUUCGGGGACGAGGUCCUCCAGACGUGGGAGGCGGGCCACGAGCAGUCUUUCGACCAGUUCACGCUGCUGGUCAAACUCGUGGCGCGGUAUAUGCGCGACGGGGUGCCGACGGAGAAAGAAAUCGCGGCCUUCAACCCGGAGCACAAGGUCGCUGUCAAUGGCAACCCCCACUGCGGAUGCUGGGAGGCGUGCUGGGUCUGCGCUUGCCACUGUCACUGGCCUUCGAACUGUCCCGAGCGCAUCAUGAUGCGCGCGCUCGAGGACAUGGGGUACGUCCAGCCAAGGGAUUGGGCGCCUGAACCGCCAGUCCCGUACCGCCUCGUUGGGGACGGGCACGAGAGGCUCGCGGUGAACACGGGUGCCGGCAAACCGUCGGGGCCAGCCAAUGGCUCGGCAACAUUCCAUGUCUUCGCUGCCGCCUACGCGGGCGAGUCAUACUCGGUCGUCAAGUCCCAGCACCUGCUCGCCAACAUGAAACGCCUUGCCCUGCCGGUGGUCUUCACCCUAUCCGACCUCAGAGGGGUCGCAUUCCAAAAGACGCCCAUCACCAUCGUCGCACGGCAUAUGGGCACCCUUGUCUUCCGCAUCUGUGGGGAACAACCCAUUGAGAUCGACAACGUCUACUUCUGCCCCGAGGCCCCGUACAACAUUAUCGAAGACUACCCCGGUGGUGUGGUCGAGUGGAUUUACGAAUGCAAGGAUGGCGACGGCGAAGUGACACACCUGAAGACGGGCGUGCACUUCCCGUGCAACGAACGCAGCUAG